CUACAACAAAAACCCAUUUCCAUAACACAAAAAUUUAACACUUUUAAAAAAGUAUUAUAAUAUAUAUAAGUGUAUAUGUAUAUAGGCGGGACUUUUUGGCACCUAAUUUUCCCCAGCCCCCCAAAAUUUUUCACACAGUCCCAAUUGACCAAAAAAUAAGAAAAAAAACCCAUUUUCACACGGUCCCAGUCGGUCCCCGAUUCCCCUCUCUCUCUCUUGUUUCUCUGUGUUUACCCCCCCUCUCUCUCUCUUCGUUUCUCGACCAAUCUGCCCAGGAGGAGGACGAUUAAGCUUGCCCAGGUACGUUUUCCUCUCUUCGUGUAAAUGUGUAUGAAUACCCAUUUUCAAGUUCAACAUUUUCAGUUCUUCUCUGCGCAGGCUUUGUUUUUCAAGUGGGUUUUUGACAUUGUACUUUAUUUCGAAUCCAGUCCAACAUAAUCUUAACUAAUUCUCCGUGCCAAAAAAACCUCGGCAAGGUCUUCGCUUUGGACAUGAUAACUAAAUUUUGAGGAAGCUUCUACACCAAACUCGAAGAAAUCGUUAGAGAGUAUUUUCAGCAUGGACAACAAUAAUUGGAGAUCUAUUCAAGGUGGUGAACCCAUGAUAGACAAUACUGAUUGGAGAACUCAGCUGCAACACGAUUCGAGACAACGAAUUGUCAACAAGAUAAUGGAUACUUUGAAAAAGCAUCUCCCGUUCUCAGGUCAAGAUGGAUUGCUUGAACUAAAGAAAACUGCUGAAAGGUUUGAGGAAAAGAUUUACAGUGCUGCCACAAGCCAGUAUGAUUAUUUACGGAAAAUUUCACUGAAGAUGCUGUCAAUGGAGAAUAAGUCUCAGAACAAUAAUGUACCCAACCCUUUUCCAUCCAACCCCACUAAUAGCAGAACCACAGAUCCAGGUAUAACAAUGUGUUGUUAAAUGGAAGCCAAAAAAAUGUGUUUCUUAAGGGAUACAAAAUGCAUAUUUCAAUCAAAUUCUAUUUUGUUCCAUCCUCUUCCAAAUUUUAUGCUUUACUUUGGCAUGUGAAGUAGUUAUGUAUGUAGUUAUAUAAUAGCUCUUAGGAGCUUAAUUUGGUAGUUAGAGGAUCAUGACUCAUUCUCGUGGGGUCAGCUAUCAGAAAAAUAUAAUUUUUUUACAUUUGCAUUGGUAGGGAUGUAAUGGGGGAACAUAAAUGCUCAUUAUUUCAAAUUAUCCCUGAUAGAAGUUUUGCUUGGACAAGAUCUGUUGUCAUGCCACCUCAAGUACACAAUCAAGGGAAAUCACUUGUAAUGCCAUUGUCAUCUAAUCAGGGCCAAACUCGACAACAACUACUAUCUCAGAAUGUUUAGAAUUCUGCUGCUGUUCAGAGUUCUUCCAGUGUAUCAUCUACUCUUCUUCCUCCCACAAGCUUAAGUCAAAAUAUGC